AUGUCCAGUGGUGAUGAUUCAGCUGAUCCAAGUGGUGGAAGAGCUAAUGCCUAUUUGCUAGAAAGCGACGAUUGGGAUAAUAUAAAAGCGUUGCCAUUACUUGAUCUGAGCAAACAAACUGAUCCGGAAUAUAGUAAUACGGAUGUGUCAUCGCUAGCAUCGACACGUAUCACCUUAACUGUCACUUUAGAUCAAAUUUUAUUUCAUUUUCAAAAUAUUGAAAUCGCCGAACAAUUAUCAAGAAUACAACCAAUUCAGAUAAGAAGUGGUUUUUAUGGACUAAUGUCACGACUCUUUUGUCUAAAUCCUCAACGACUGGACUCAAGUUUGUGUGACGAAAGAAAUCGUGUUUUUGCCGUAGCGUUGCAUCCGUUUAGUAAUCACGACGCGAUUCAGACUAAAUUUUUAAUCACAAUUUAUCAAAAACUAACGGGUAAUGCACUGAUGGACCGACGUUUCGGUAAUCAUUGGGAAGACAUUGGUUUUCAGGGAACAGAUCCGGCAACAGAUCUUAGAGGUGUCGGCUUAUUAGGUCUCUAUCAGCUCUUAUACUUUAUUUUAUCGCCAGAAACAAGUCAUUUAUGUAAAGAGAUCUAUAAAUUAUCACUCGAUAAGAGACAACAUUUUCCGUUUGCUGUAAUGAGUCUACAAAUAACAGGAAUCAGUCUACAAGUGCUCAGAGAGGGUCUCCUUAAUAAAGAAUUUAAUCAAUCGAAAUGUGUGAUCAAAGUUUUCAAUUGGUUUUAUUCAGCAGUUUUCUUACAAUUGUUUAAUACGUGGAAAGAAAAUAAUAAAACAAUUAUCGAUUCCGGAUAUGUACUCAAAGAUAUCCGAAAACUGGUCCGUAAAGAUGUCAAACGUGUUAUACUAGAAAUGUUAAAUUAUAAAAACAAUUUUCAAACAAAUUCAAAUUGUAAUGACAAAAAUACUCAACAAGAUAUAACAUUUACUAAUUUGGGAGAUAUUUUUGAAAAUAUCGAUAUUAUUGAUGAAAAUACAUCAUAA